AUCCUGCUCAACUAUCUCUUGCUAGCUCCCUUCUAAUUAGCUUCUCAUUCUCACCCAGAAAUCACCAUGGCUCUCUCUCUAAGCUUUUCGCUGACAACGUCGGCAACAACAGCGCCUUUGAGCUCCUUCAAGAGACUACCGAGCCGUAUUCCUACGGUGAAAGCCCUAGGAGUGUUCCCAUCUAAGGGAAUAGAUCAUAAGAGGGCCAUCAGAAUUCGACCAUGCUCUUCAUUGGGAGAUCUUACUUCAGCACUCACAAGUGCAGUUACUACUACUGUGGCCGUCGCUGUUGACACUGCGGCCGCGGUUGUUGAUACCACAACCACAACCACAACCACGACCGAAACUGCAGAAGUAACCAGGGCUGAUUUUCCUGCUGAUUUCAAGUUUGGUUGCGCCACUUCUGCUUUCCAGACAGAAGGAUCUGGAACCGAAGGAGGGAGAGGACCGGCCACAUGGGAUGAUUACAUACAAGAUACCACAGUAGAUGGCACAGAAAUAGCAGUUGAUUCUUACAACCGCUACAAGGACGAUGUGCAACUGCUGAAGAAUAUGGGAGUGGAUACAUACAGAUUCUCCAUGUCAUGGUCAAGACUAUUGCCUGACGGAACCAUAGACGGUGGAAUAAACCAGGAGGGUAUCGACUUCUACAACAACUUCAUCGACGAACUGAUCGCAAAUGGGAUAACUCCAUUUGUGACACUGUUCCACUUCGACUUGCCCACAGCACUGAAGGACAAGUACAACGGUUUCUUGAGCAUUGACAUUGUGGAGGAUUUCAAAGCAUAUGCUGAUUUGUGUUUCAAAACUUUUGGCGAUCGAGUGAAGUACUGGGCUACUAUCAAUGAGCCUCAAGUAUGGGGGCAAUACGGCUUCACUAACACUGCUGCGGAUGCAAACGCUGCCACUGAUCCUUAUGUCUCUUCGCAUAAUGUCAUAUUAGCCCAUGCUACAGCUGCCAAGCUCUACAAGAACACAUACCAGUCAACGCAAGGAGGAGAGAUCGGAAUCCCGAUCGUGGUUGAAUGGUUUGAGCCAUUCGAGGACACCCCGCAAGAUGUCUUUGCAGCCAAAAGAGCAUUCGACUUUUUGACAGGAUGGUUUCUGGAGCCCCUAGUGUAUGGUGAUUACCCAUUUGUUAUGAAGGCUUUGGUGAGGGAUGGCCUUCCAGAGUUCACAGAUGAGCAGAAAGAGUUGGUAAAGGGCUCAUAUGAUUACAUUGGGGUGAACUACUACACUUCCAGAUUCGCCACUUCUGUACCAAUAACUAGCAACGAUGUCUACACAACUAUGGAUCAGUACCAGCAUGCUACCAUCACAGUGGAAGGAUCAGACGGGGAGCCCAUAGGCGAUGCAACACCAGGGAGCAGUUCGAUCUACGUCUAUCCAGAAGGAUUAAGAAAGGGAUUGACAUUACUGAAGGAAUACAACAAUCCCAAAAUCUACGUUACUGAGAAUGGAUAUCCGGACGCAAGAGAUGACACCCUUUCAGUGGAAGAAGCUUCGGUUGAUGAUGCUCGAAUUCAGCACAUCAAGGAUCAUCUCGCCGCUGUCAAAGCCGCCAGAGAUGCGGGAGCAGAUGUGCAGGGUUACCUGAUGUGGGCACUGAUGGACUGCGUGGAGAUGGGAUCUGGCUACGCGGUUCGGUUUGGCCUCAACUACACUGAUUACCUCAAUGACUUGGUCCGAACUCCAAAGAAGUCCGCCGCCUGGCUCAAAGAUUUCUUGGCAUCAACCACUUCCACUUGAUGUGAGCAGCUUUGGAUUCCAAUAACAAGGCUCACAUGCAUAAGCACUACCUUUCCUGGUAAAAAGAGGAAUAAACAGUAGCUACAAGUGGGAGUACUUGCACACCAUUCAUGUGAUGCCUUGCCUUGCAAACUUUGAAUGCAUAAAUUUGUCGAUUUCCAGCAGGACUUGCUUCUAUUUCAGGAUUUCUAUAUCUUCAAGUGAAUAAAGCAAUUGAAAUUUCACAUGACAUGGCCUAAAUACUGUCAUUUUCAUUCAUGUAAUAAAAUACCAGUUCUGGAAACAUGAACAAAGCUAUAGCAGUACCACUUAUCAG